AUGGUCGCAACACCAAACCAGCUCGCCAGCCGCACGUGCCGACAGCCGAGGUCUUCCCAGAGAAAGAGUCAGAUGCGAGUCGAGUCCAGGGGCUGUUUCGCGGCCGUGGAAGUGCUCUCUGUGACAUUUGCCAGUGAACGCUGUGGCACUGUGUCUGCUGCAGGGAUCAAAGCCGAGCGUAAAGUCCUGAUAGGAGCAACUGUGACGGAGACGGGAGGAAUGCCCUGCUGUCGCUGUGUACCCCGAGAUCUGCCGCUGUUCUCAGUCUGA